AUGGAUGCUGGUGAUAUUUCACUCCCUGACUGCAUCAACCCUAACAACUUUCCUGCCAAACUGUGGCGUUUGGUGAACAACCGGGCCAACAGAGCCAUCUGCUGGGACAACGUCGGUGAGGUCAUUAUCAUUGAUCAGCAGCUGUUUGAGAAACAGAUCCUGACUCCAGAAAGCAUCACCGCGGACAACGUUGACGCCUUCAAAACGACCAACUUCUCAAGCUUUGUCCGUCAGCUCAACCUGUACGGCUUCAGGAAAGCCGACCCAGCCAACACAACGACUCCGACCAAAGUGAUCACUGGGACGUCUCACCAUUUUUUCAACCCAAACUUCAAGAGAAACCAUCCUGAACUUCUUGUGAAUCUGAGGAGACUCACUGUGGACAAUAAGGCCAAGUUACAAGCAGGUCUGAGCGUGAACUGUCGGCCUCCAAGUCGGUAUCAGCGACUCAGUGGAGGAGAUGAUGGUAGAGAUAGAAUUUUGAAAAGAGUUUCUGCGGGCAGUCCUUCAUUGCUUGACCACAAGGACUCAACUCAUCCUUACUAUUCAAUCAAAGCCCAGUCCAGUACAGUGCACAAUGGAACCCCAGUCCCACCACGUUACCUGAUAAGGGGCGCAGCUCUUCCUACUUCUGUCUUUGCCUCAGACAAAGGCAUACCACUUUCUUUAAGCCACCACUACCCCGGAGUAGCCUCUAGCCCCAGCGCUUUGCACAUUCCUCAGGGUUUACUGGCCCACGCAAACCACCCCAACCACAAUUUCACCACUUUUAAUGCUCGUAAUGCACAGUAUCAACCUGGCUACUAUUCCCCAGGUUGCCAGUGCUAUCAUCCGAACCUUGUGGCAUCACAUAUGAAAGCUAGUGGUCAUCCCCCAGGGCAGUUCCCUUCUCCCAGUUAUUACCAGGCAGGCUAUCCUGUGGAUGGUUUGUGUCACGGGGACCAGAGCCAGGACUUUCAUUAUAAGGAAAACCUGGAGAUGAAAAAAUGUGAAGUAAACUUGGACACAAUUUUCCAGAUUGCCGACGAAGUGAUGCAAACUCCCAAUAACUGCCUGGUCAGAGUCGUGACCCCAGAGAAGCCGGGCAAUGUGUCCCUCAACACCUGUAGCCCCAUAGUGCAGAUUUCUCCACAGAGCAACAAACCUGGCAGUAGCAGGAAAGCUAGCCCUUUGUGUGCUGGAUCCAUUAUAGUGGCUGUGUCAGGCAACAUUAACCUAGUCAAAAGCGAACAGCAGGAAGAAUCAGUGGUUUCAGUACAUGAGCAAAUGCCUGAAGAUGCUGUAUUUGAGGUUACCAGCGAUGAUGCAAAGGACAGUGACGUCACAGAUGUCAAGGUUGGCGGCUCUUUCAGCGAUUCCAGUCCUCCUUAA